AUGCCUAUUGGUCCUCGUGCUAUUGAUUGUGCUGGUGCAGGUACCCUCACCGCUAGAUCUUCACACGGUUUUUCACUGCAGGCUGAUGCUUGCGGCACCAGCACUGUCCCCUUGGCAAACGGCUCCCUGCCCGUCUUCGACUGCACAUCGCCACCACAUCCCGCUGCCCCCAUUGGCACUUUGUCUUGGGCUGUUGCCAGCGGGCCGACCGGCGCACCUGUCAGCGACCUGGCUCGAGCCGCAGCGCCGGCAGCCGGGUCCUCAAGUGGCUCUUCAUGCGUGCGUGUCACCGCGCCCACCUCCCCUGUGCACCGUCAACUGGCCCCUGUGCCUCUACCGGUCUCUCCUGGCUCGCCGACCGACGGGCCCCUGUUGGCACCUCCUGGCUCACCGGCCCUGCCAGGAUCUCCCACCAUGUCACCAACACUCCCAUCUCUGGUGCCUGCUGCGGCUAUGGCUCUGCCACCUCAGCCUCCCACCGCAGUACCUAUUCCUUCGGUGACUAAUGACCAUCCCAUGGUCACCCGAGGGAUGUCUGGUUUUCGACAGCCCAAGGAGCCCUUGAAUCUUCAAGCCACUCCUCUUUCACCUAUAUUGAAGACCUACCGUGGCGCUCUUACUGAUCCUAAUGGCGUGAUACAAUGA